AUGGAGAGAAGAGAGGGAGGGAGAGGAGGAGGGGAGGGCCAGCGUGGGGAGGGAGGGGGAGAGGGAGGGCCCGCGGGGAGGGAUUUCCAAGCCCGGCUCGGGGGAACCCUGGGUUCAGUGUCCAUAAUAGUCCCAGCAUCCAAAUCAGCCGCUAAUCCGUUCCUUGAAUGUUCCUACCGAAUAAAACACCUGGGCGACGCCAGCUCUCGGCUUUAGAUCAAGGGCAACAGGAUUAGGUUUUAGCUAAAUAUACAGCUCCCUCUGGGUUAUCCAACAGCUGAUAGCCUAACAGGCUGAGCUCUGAUAGUGGUGACGGUCUCUGCCUCUCUCUCUCUACUCUACAGGCUACAGAGAUCCUGCUCCACAUUUCUCCGUCUCUGCUUCCGAUGGGUCUGUUAAUGGAGGUGUCCUCCCGUCGCUCAAACUGAGUUUAGGGGACCUGUUUUCGAGCUACUUGUCGGACGGUAUGCCCUGCCUCCAGUCCGAACCGCUGCAGGAGCCGAUGGCCUCGGAUGAGCGACUCCCGACCCCUCCUCUCCUUCUAACUCUCACUGCCCGGCUGGGGAGGAAGGCCUGCGGUGACCAGUGCCGGAUGGUUUUUUCUCGCCGCUUGUGGAGCCCUCGGACCAAGACGCGUCGAUGGGGGUUUGGGGAGCGGAGUGGAGACAGCGACAGGGGUGGAGGUUUGGCUGGAUGAUCACUCGUCCAGGUAAGACACAUAAUGGGAUGUAGAAAGUGUGUUUCUUCAUCCUGGUCCUGGUCAAAUAGUACAACUAUAUAGGCAGUGUUGUCUUCAUCCUGUCAAAAUAGUACACUAUAUAUGGAGGGGUCAGUGAUUCUUCAUCCUGGUCAAAAUAGUGCACUAUAUAGGGCAGUGUUUCUACAUCCUGGUCAAAAUAGUACACUAUGUGUUUCUUCAUCCUGGUCAAAAUAGUACACUAUAUAGGGCAGUGUUUUCUACAUCUUGUCAAAAUAGUACACUAGUUUUUCUUCAUCCUGGUCAAAAUAGUCACAAUAUAGGGCAUUGUUUCUUCAUCCUGGGUCAAAAUAGUACACUAUGUGUUGUCUUCAUCCUUUCAACAAAUGUACACUAUGUGUUUCUCAUGCCUCCUGUCAAAAUAGUAAACACGAGAUAGCAUGUUUCUCUCCUGGUUCAAAAUAGUACACUAUGUGUUUCUUCAUCCUGGUCAACAUAGUCACUAUGUGUUUUCCUUUCUCCUGGUCAAAUAGUACACUAUAUUAAGGGCAGUGUUUCUUUUCACAUCCUAAUCCGGGUCAAAAUAGACCUCAUGUGUUUCUUCAUCCUGGUCAACUAGUACACUAUGUGUUCUUCAUCCUGGUCACAAUAGUUCACUAUAUAGGGCAGUGUUUCGACAUCCUGUCCAAUAGUACACUCUAUAGGGCAUGUUUUCUUCAUCCGGUCCAAAUAGUAACACGAUAUAGGGCAGUGUUCUUCAUCCUGGUCCAAUAGUACACUAUAUAGGGCAGUGUUUUUUUUCUUCAUCCCUGGUCAAAAUAGUACAACUAUGUGUUUUCUUCAUCAUGGUCAAAAUAGUACACUAUAUAGGGCAGUGUUUCUACAUCCUGGUCAAAAUAGUACACUAUGUGUUUCUUCAUCCUGGUCAAAAUAGUACACUAUAUAGGCAGUGGAUUCUACAUCCUGGUCAAAAUAGACACUAUAUAGGGCCGUGUUUCUUCAUCCUGGUCAAAUAGUACACUAUAUAGGGCAGUGUUCUUCAUCAUGGUCAAAAUAGUACACUAUAUAGGGCAGUGAUUCUUCAUCCUGGUCCAAAUAGUACACUAUAUAGGGCAGUGUUUCUACAUCCUGGUCAAAUAGUACACUAUAUAGGCAGUGUUUUCUUCAAUCCUGUCCAAAUAGUUCACUAUAUAGGGCAGUGUUUCUCCUCCUGGUCCAAAUAGUUCACUAUAUAGGGGCAGUGUUUCUUCAUCCUGGUCCAAAUAGUUUCACUAUCUAGGGCAAGUGUUCUACAUCCUGGUCCAAAUAGUACACUAUAUAGGCAGUGUUUUCUACAUCCUGGUCAAAAUAGUACACUAUAUAGGGCAGUGGUUGCUCUUCAUCCUGGUCAAAAUAGUACACUAUAUAGGGGCAGUGUUUCUUCAUCCUGGUCAAAAUAGUACACUAUAUAGGGCAGUGUUUCUACAUCUCCAUCCUGGUCCAAAUGUACACUAAUAUGGGCAGUGUUUCUUCAUCCUGGUCCAAAUAGUGCACUAUAUAGGGCAGUGAUUCUUCAUCCUGGUCGCAAAUAGUUCACUAUAUAGGCAGUGUUCUACAAUCCUGGUCUGGUCAAAAUAGUGCACUAUAUAGGGCAGUGUUUCUUCAUCCUGGUCCAAAUAGUAACUCUAUAGUAGGGCAGUGUUUCUUCAUCCCUGGUCAAAUAGUGCACUAUUAGGGGCAGUGAUUCUUCAUCCUGGUCCAAAUAGUGCACUAUAUAGGGCAUGUUAGUGUCUUCGUUCAUCCUGGUGCCAAAUAGUACACUAUAUAGGGCAGUGUGUUUCCUCAUCCUGGUCCAAAUAGUGCACUAUAUAGGGCAGGUGUUUCUUCAUCCUGGCCAAAUAGUACUCGAUAUAGGGCAGUGUUUCUUCAUCCUGGUCAAAAUAGUGCACUAUAUAGGGCAGUGUUUCUUCAUCCUGGUCCAAAUAGUGCACUAUAUAGGGCAGUGUUUCUACAUCCUGGGUCAAAAUAGUACACUAUAUAGGGCAUGUUUUUUCUUCAUCCUGGUCCAAAUAGUUCACUAUAUAGGACAGUGUUUCUACAUCCUGGUCCUGGUCAAAAUAGUGCACUAUAUAGGGCAGUGUUUCUUUAUCUGGUCCAAAUAGUGCACUAUAUAGGGCAGUGUGUUCUUCAUCCUGGUCCAAAUAGUACCACUAUAUAGGGGCAGUGUUUCUUCAUCCUGGUCCAAAUAGUGCACUAUAUAGGGCAGUGUUUCUUCAUCCUGGUCCAAAUAGUACUCUAUAUAGGCAGUGGUUUCUUCAUCCUGGUCAAAAUAGUGCACUAUAUAGGGCAGUGUUUUCUCAUCCUGGUCCAAAUAGUGCACUAUAUAGGGCAGUGUUUUUUUCAUCCUGGUCCAAAUAGUUCACUAUAUUAGGGCAGUGUUUUCUUCAUCCUGGUCCAAAUAGUACACUAUAUAGGGCAGUGUUUCUUCAUCCUGGUCCAAAUAGUACACUAUAUAGGGCAGUGUGUUUCUUCAUCCUGGUCCAAAUAGUACACUAUAUAGGGCAGUGUUUCUUCAUCCUGGUCCAAAUAGUACACUAUAUAGGGCAGUGUUUCUUUCAUCCUGGUCCAAAUUGUACACUAUAUAGGGCAGUGUUUCUACAUCCUGGUCAAAAUAGUACACUAUAUAGGGCAGUGUUUCUUCAUCCUGGUCAAAAUAGUACACUAUAUAGGGCAGUGUUUCUACAUCCUGGUCAAAAUAGUGCACUAUAUAGGGCAGUGUUUCUUCAUCCUGGUCAAAAUAGUGCACUAUAUAGGGCAGUGUUUCUACAUCCUGGUCAAAAUAGUUCACUAUAUAGGGCAGUGUUUCUUCAUCCUGGUCCAAAUAGUGCACUAUAUAGUGUUUCUUCAUCUAUAUUAGAGUUUUUUGCCCUAGCACUACACACUCCACUAAUGAAAGGUUUGAUGAUGAGUUGAUUCAUGGAAUCGGGUGGGUAGUGCUUAGCAUUAAGAAACACUGAUAUAGGGAAUAGGGUGUUAUUUAAGACUUGUCCUGUGUGUGUGUGUGUGUGUCAGGGAGAUGGUGGGAAGCUGGUUCGUGGAGACGGUAACCUCUCCCCAGACCUCCAGAGGGCCCAGCAGGUCUCCGUCCGACCCCAGCUCUAGCAUGCUCCUCCUGGGCCGCGGCCGGGACACCUUCCCCCUGUCCAGCCCCUCCCUCCGGAUCUCCACCUCCGCCUCCAUCCCCUCCUUGUCCCAACCCCCCUCUCACCAGACCUCCACCCUCUCCACCCCCCGGUGGGGUGACCCCCUCACCCUCGAGAGGGCGGGCAGUUGCUCCCCCCGUACUCCUCGCUCCCCCCACUCCCCCGUUUCUUCUCGCUCCCUCCGCUGUCCCCACUCCCCCAGCUCUUCACCCCGCUCUUCACCCCGCUUCUCUCCCCGCUCUCCGAGGAGGACUAGAUCCUGUGGGCGAGGUGAGCCCUGUGGGCGAGGUGAGGGCUGUGACUGGAUGAUGAAGCUACUGGCUGGAGGCUCUGGGAGGAUAGGCUCUGUGGCGGAGCUCUGCCAGGGGGCCCUGCUACAUGCUUUAGAGGUGGUGGGGGCAGAACGCUGCUCUCUGUCUCUGCUCAGACAGGUACUGCUGCUGUUAGCUAGUUACUGUUGUCUGGUUGAUAGAUAGAUAGAUAGAUAGAUAGAUAGAUAGAUGAUAGAUAGAUAGGAUAUAUAUCGAUCGCUGCAGACAUAGAGAGCGAUCGCUCUAUUCGAUACGCUCGCUAGCUUGGCUCGCUCGCUCGCCUAGCUUCGAUCGAUAUCUCGAUAGACCGACAAUAGAUAGAUAGAUGAUAUAGAUAGAUAGAUAGAUAGAUAGAUAGAUAGAUAGAUAGAUAGAUAGACCGACAGACAGAACAUACAGACAGCCAGACAGAUAGCUAGAUAUAUAGAUAGAUAGAUAAGAUGACAGACAGCUAUAAGAUAAUAGAUAGAUAGAUAAUAGAGAGAUAGAUAGAUAGAUAGAUGAUAGAUAGAUAGAUAAGAGAUAGACAGACAGACAGCCAGACAAUAGAUAGAUAGCUAGAUAGAUAGAUAGAUAGAUAGCUAGAUAGAUAUAUAGAUAGAUAGAUCGAUAGAUAUACAGACCCGACAGACAGCAGAUAGAUAGAUAGAUAUAUAGAUCAGACAGACAGACAUGACAGACAGACAGACAGACAGACAGACAGACACAAGACAGACAGAACAGACAGACGACAGACGACAGACAGCCAGACCGAAUAGAUAGAUAGAUAGAUAGAGAGAGAGAUAGAUAUAUAGAUAGAUAGAUAGAUAGAUAGACGAUAUAUAGAUAGAUAGAUAUAUAAUAGAUAGAUAAUAGAUAGAUAGAUUAUAUAGAUAGAUAGAUAGCAUACAGACAUACGACAACAGACAGACAAUGAUCGAAUUAGAUGUGUAGGAUAGAUCGAUAAUCGAUGAUAGAUCGAUAGAUAGAAUUGCUUGAGUGAUUGAUUGAAUUGAUUGAUGAUUGAUUGAUGAUUGGCUGGUUUGAUCUGGUUGAUUGGUGAUGGCUUGGUUAUGCUUGAUUGGUUGGGUUGAUUUCAUUGAUUGGCUGGUUGAUGGUGAUUGGGUGAUUGGCUGGUUGAUUGGCUUGAUUGGUUGUUUGAUUCAUUAUUGGUUGGUUUGAUUGACAUAUUGAAUUGAUUGACAUGAUUGAUGGUAGGGAUUCUUUCUGUUUCCACCAGGACCAUGACGGAUGUAAUGGGAUUGGUCCCAGGUGUUUGCCCUGGACGUGGGGGCCGGCCGCGUGAAGGAGGAGUCUUCCAGCAACCACGCCCACCUGGGCUAG